UUCUUCUUCUUCUUCUUUCAAUCUCAAACAAAAGGUUUGGUAAAUGAAUCAUGACAUAUCAAGAUAAUUAUGUGCUAACCAGCUAGCAGAUAUUAGGAGCAUGUAUACGAAUUUUCAACAUGUUUGACAUUCUGUUCGGAUGGAGAAAAGCUUCUAAAUGCAAGAAACUGAUCAGAUGUGUUCAGUAUCGUCUGAAGCUCCUGAAGAACAAGAGAAGUUCCAUCAUAAGGCAAUUACGUGAGGAUAUUGCUCAGCUUCUCAAGAAUGGCCGAGACCAAAGUGCCUUCAUCCGGGCGGAGCAACUCUACAAGGACCAAAGAAUACUGGCCAUCUAUGACCUCUUGGACCAUUUCUGUGAAUUUAUCAUCAUCCACCUUCCAUAUAUACGCAGACACAGGGACUGCCCUAAUGACAUUAAUGAAGCAGUGUCAAGUCUAAUAUUUGCAGCUGCAAGAUGUGGGGAUCUUCCUGAGCUGCAAAUGAUUCGAAAACUAUUUGCAGAGCGUUAUGGGCACAAAUAUUCAACAGCUGCAGAUGAGUUGUUACCCGGAAAUCUUGUAAACCAUCAGGUAAGAGAGAAGCUAUGUAUGAAGUCAAUUCCAGAUGAUGUGAAGCACAAGUUGAUUGAUGAAAUAGCUAUAGAUUACAGCCUUCAACUGAGGCCUGUGGGAAUUUUGGACAGGUUUGAGUUGCAAGAACAACAGGGAUAUGAUUGUUCUAUGGGAAACAGUGGCAAUCAGUGUGAAGGUCAAAUUUUUUACAAGAACAUACACAUUUCCAAAGAAGUGCAGAUGCAAGCUUCAAUCAAUGAAAAGAUUCAAGUGAAUGCAAGAUCCAAUGGCACUGCUGUUGUUACAGAACCUUCCUUGGAUAAGGUUGAUCCCCAUUGCUGCACGCAUUUUCUUAAGAAUGUAUCCAAACUAGAUAGUAAUGAGCAUUUGAAUCCACUAGACAAACCUGAAAUCAAUGUUGGAAGCUACAGUUCAGCCCAGCUCUCUAUGCCCUCUCAGCAGCAUAAGGUGGAUAGAGUUACAAUAGAAACUACGUCAGAAAAUUUGUGUAGGUCCCAUGAUGGAAGUAUUGUUUAUAUUGGUGGCGUAGAAGAGUUCAAGUCCACCACCCAAGGCAGAAAAUACAAGGACCAGAGACUACUCAGGUUUAAAUCUAUCAAAGCUCCUAGAUGUGACAAUUGUGGAGCUGUUACAUCCAGCCUGUCAGCUUUACAUGGUGAUGGUUUUGUUGGAGAACACACACAGAUUUCUGAAUCAUGGAAUGGACAAACAAUCUCCAGAAACUCUAGCAAGAGGAGGAAGUCAACCAGAAAAAAGUUGAAGAGGAGAUCUUUUUACCAGAGUCAAAUAUAUGAUCUAUCAGUACCAGUCACCUUGAGAAUGAAGGACACUGAAUGUGAACUUUACUAUGGUGGGGAAUGUGGCCUUCCACCAAAUGGAGACCCUAGACACAGAACUGCUCACAGGAGAAAACAUCAGAAAAAGAUCUCAACUGAAAAAAAUCAGAGUUCCUCAUUCAAAAUCGAGGAGAAGAAAUUUUCACCCCAUCAGCCAAUUAAUGCAAGAAAAAUACCAAAUGAACUUUUCUUUGAGAAAGGAGGGAAAUAUUUUCCUCACAAAUAUAAUUAUGACCAGAGGAAGUCAUACAACAGUUGUUCUGUCAAUGAUGACAUGGUUAUUGAUUGCAGCUUGGAACACACAUGUUAUUUUCUUGCCUGUGAUAAUAAAGAUGACUGGGCAAGUCCAUGUUGGAAACAAGGAAGAGGGAUCAUAAGACUAGAGGGAUUUCCAUGUGAAGAAAGCAUAGAUAGUUGCCAUCACUUCUGCUUCCAAAAUAGAGCUUUUCAGAAUGACAUUACAGUCUCAGAAACCCAGUGUCUUGAUAAUCAAAGCAAGAAGAAAGAAUGGAGAGAAGAAGAUGAUGAAUUAUCAGAUUGUCAUGGCAGCCUCACCACUUCUCAGGGUUCCAGUUCAACAUGUUCAUGGACAAAAACAGUGGCACGGCCACAAUAUAUGAGGAAUAUGACAAUGCCACCUGAACGGCCUAAACCCCUGACCACUGGCAACAUUUUACGGUCUUCUUCUUGUCAUCUUCAGCAAGCCAAUCGUUCAAGGAGUAGCUCUUCAUCCAAUUCCUCUAGUCAUGUUCACCCAAAGCUCCCAGACUAUGAUGACUUGGCUACUAAAUUCAUGGCCCUCAAAAAAGAACAUAUGCAAACUAAGCAUGCCAAGCUAGCAAUGGUUUGAGAAGAACAAGGAAUUUUCUGUAUCAGUCAUUGACUGUUGUGCUCUGUAUAUAGUAUGUAUAAUUUGGUAUGUCUCAUUCCUAUGUGACAGUUAUAAUGGUUAUAUAGAUCUCUAUUCUUGAUUUUGGGUUCAUUUUUCACUACCCAGGUGAUUUUUUUUUUUCAUUUAAUUAGCUGUUGUAAAGCAUAACAUUUUGGUUCAUCACAGUGUCACCAAAACAAUUGACAAUGGUUAUCUGCUCCAUAUAGCACACGAAGAAGAGGUAUGACCUUCAUGUCUGAAUGCAAGACCUACUUUUUCC